AUGAAGCGCACAGUACGGCUUGCGUGCCUUCUAGUCUGCAUGCUGCCUCACGUCCUUUCCAAGGAAUGCUACUUUUGUGAAGUCACAGCCUCAGCCAGGUGCCCCAGCACCAAGAUGACUUGCUCAGAAGAGGAAGAUUGCUUUGUAGGUGAGGGAGCUGCGCUGGGGGUGUCGGUCAUCCAAAACAAGGGCUGCACCCGCUCUCUAAACUGCGGCAAGGAACAACCCAUUCCCCACAUGGGGGUCACCUACAGCUUGGUCACCAACUGCUGCAAGGGGAACUUGUGCAACGCUGCCAAGCGCACAGCUGUUCCGCUCCUUUUCUUGCACCUUGCCCUUGCUAGCUUGCUCCUGCUGGGCUUCCUCUGA